GGGAAAAUUCUGAGAAGGCGAACGCUCGGUGGGCAGAUAGCUAACUCAGUUAGUAUUCGUGCGAGCCUCCAGCAAAAAGGUUGACUACGCGCUCGUCGGUAAACCGAAAAAAUCAAAAGAACCAAAAGAAUCGAAAGAAUUGCCUGGAAGAAUCUAGGGCCAAACUCGAUAACAAAUACACCUUUUUUUUUGAAGCCACAACACUUUUUGUGGCAGUGAAAGUGGCGGAGCUCAGCCGCAAAAGUGAUUAAUAAUUGCAGUGAAAACUUGAGCCAUUGCAUUACCCCUGGAUUACAACAACAAAACCUACACCCAACGGGGGAUCGAGAGAGACAGAGGCAGAGACAACGAGGAAGAGAGACAGAGAGCGAGAGUACAGACCUCGCAACAUACCAUUUGGACAGUCGGCAAGCUGGAGAACCUAAGCACGAUGGAGGGCGGCGAGUCCACGGAGUCCACGCACAACACCAAGGUGUCCGACUCGGCGUACUCCAACAGCUGCAGCAACAGCCAGUCACAGCGCAGCGGCAGCUCCAAGUCGCGCCUCAGCGGCAGCCACUCCUCCGGGAGCAGCGGCUAUGGCGGCAAGCCCUCGACGCAGGCCAGCAGCAGCGACAUGAUCAUCAAGCGCAACAAGGACAAGUCGCGCAAGAAGAAGAAGAGCAAGGGGGCCGCCCAGGCGCAGUCACAGUCGCAGCUGCAGGCGCAGUCGCAGUCGCAGGUGCAGUCGCUGAUCGCGGCGGCGAGCUCCCUGGAGGCGGCGAAGGAGGAGAAGCCGCGCCCGAGCGGCAGCGGCUGCGGGGAGGCGCAGAUCCUGCAGGACCAGCAGCGCGGCGAGGAGCACAGCGAGCCCCAGGCGGCGGAGCAGCUGCAUCCGGGCUCCCCCGACGACGAGGACGACGAGGAGGGGGAGGAAGAGGAGGGGGAGGCGGCGGAGGCGGAGGCGGCCCAGAGCUUCCCCCUCCCCAGCCCCUCGCCGCUCUCCGUCUCCAUUGUGCCGCCCUCGAUGGGCGGCGGGGCGGACGGUUGUGGCGGCACGGGCCACGCCUCUGUCCUCGACGGCGGCCUGGGGAAGUUCGAGAAGGGCUGGGACGCGGCGCCCGGCAAGCUGGAGGCCAUCACGGGCGUCAGCGCGGGCGUGGCCGUGGGCGGAGUCGCCGGCGUUGGCGGUGGCGUGGGAAUAGCCGCAGGGGCGGGAGCCGGCGGACAGCGGGGAGAGCGGGUGAAGGAGGAGAGCUUCUGCUGCGUGAUCUCGAUGCACGACGGCAUCGUGCUGUACACCACGCCGAGCAUCACCGACGUGCUCGGCUACCCGCGCGACAUGUGGCUGGGGCGGUCCUUCAUCGACUUCGUGCACCCCAAGGACCGGGCGACCUUCGCCAGUCAGAUCACCACGGGCAUCCCCAUCGCGGAGUCGCGGGGCAGCACCCCCAAGGACGCGAAGAGCACCUUCUGCGUGAUGCUGCGCCGCUACCGGGGCCUCAAGUCCGGCGGCUUCGGGGUCAUCGGGCGGCCGGUCAGCUACGAGCCCUUCCGGCUGGGGCUCACCUUCCGGGAGGCCCCGGAGGAGGCCCGGCCGGACAACUACGUGGUCUCCAACGGCACCAACAUGCUGCUCGUCAUCUGCGCCACUCCGAUCAAGAGCAGCUACAAGGUGCCCGACGAGAUCCUCUCCCAGAAGAGCCCCAAGUUCGCCAUCCGGCACACGGCCACCGGGAUCAUCUCGCACGUGGACAGCGCGUCGGUGAGUGCGCUGGGCUACCUGCCGCAGGACCUCAUCGGGCGCAGCAUCAUGGACUUCUACCACCACGAGGACCUCUCCGUCAUGAAGGAGACCUACGAGACGGUGAUGAAGAAGGGCCAGACGGCCGGCGCCUCCUUCUGCAGCAAGCCGUACCGCUUCCUCAUCCAGAACGGCUGCUACGUCCUCCUGGAGACCGAGUGGACCAGCUUUGUGAACCCCUGGUCGCGCAAGCUGGAGUUUGUGGUGGGCCACCACCGGGUGUUCCAGGGACCCAAGCAGUGCAACGUGUUCGAGGCGGCGCCCAGCUGUAAGCUCAAGAUCUCCGAGGAGGCCCAGAGCCGGAACACGCGCAUCAAGGAGGACAUCGUCAAGCUGCUGGCUGAGACCGUCUCCCGGCCCUCGGACACCGUCAAGCAGGAGGUGUCGCGCCGCUGCCAGGCGCUCGCCAGCUUCAUGGAGACCCUCAUGGACGAGGUCUCCCGCGCGGACCUCAAGCUCGAGCUGCCGCACGAGAACGAGCUGACCGUCUCGGAGCGCGACAGCGUGAUGCUCGGCGAGAUCUCGCCGCACCACGACUACUACGACAGCAAGAGCUCCACGGAGACGCCGCCCAGCUACAACCAGCUUAACUACAACGAGAACCUGCUGCGCUUCUUCAACAGCAAGCCGGUCACCGCGCCGGCGGAGCUCGACCCGCCCAAGGCGGAGCCCCACGAGCCGCGGGCCACCUGCGUCAGCGGUCCGAUGAGUCCCGUCCACGAGGGCAGCGGCGGCAGCGGCUCCUCGGGCAACUUCACCACGGCGAGCAACAUCCACAUGAGCAGCGUGACCAACACGAGCAUAGCGGGCACCGGCGGAACUGGCACAGGAACUGGGACAGGAACAGGAACUGGAACCGGAACUGGUACUGGUACAGGCACUGGAACUGGCACAGGCACAGGAACUGGAACUGGAACUGGUACUGGGACUGGAACUGGUACUGGGACAGGAACUGGAACGGGCACGGGCAACGGAACCAACUCGGGCAGCUCCUCCAGAGGAGCCUCCGGGGCGGGAGGAGCGGCCACUCCACCCGUCACCCUCACCGAGUCGCUGCUGAACAAGCACAACGACGAGAUGGAGAAGUUCAUGCUGAAGAAGCACCGCGAGGCGCGCGGACGCACCGGCGAGAAAAGCAAGAAGUCGGCCAACGACACGCUCAAGAUGCUCGACAUCGGCGGCCCGGGCCACGGGAUCAAGCGGGGCGGCUCCCACUCGUGGGAGGGCGAGGCCAACAAGCCCAAGCAGCAGCUGACCCUUGGAGCGGAAGCGGUGAAGAGCGGUCCAUUGGGGGUGGGAGCGGGGGCAGUCGGAUCUGGUGGGGCGGGCGUGGCAGGCGGAGGAGGAGGAGGCGGCGGAGGCGGUGGCGGAUCGGGUAGUGCGGCAGCACCGGAGGGCCGGACAGCCGCGACCCCGGGAGGGGGGAACCCUAUAGGAGGAGGAGGGUCAGGUGGAGGAGCGGGAGGAGGCGGAGGAGCAGGAGUGGCGGGAGCCAACUCCUCGGUGGGCAGCUCAACGCCGGGUCCCGCGAGCUACCCCUCCUGCACGCAGAACAUCAACCUGUGGCCGCCGUUCUCGGUGGGCAUCACCCCGCCGGUCCACUCCACGCACACGGCGAUGGCCCAGAGCAGCUUCUCCUCCGCCGGCCUCUUCCCGACCUUCUACUACAUCCCCGCCUCGCUGGCGCCCAGCAGCCCGACGCGCUCGCCGCGGAUGCACAAGCACCCGCUGAAGGGCGGCGUGGAGCUGCCCACCACCUCGCAGCAGGCGGCAGCGGGGGCCGCCCAGGCCGUGCCGCUCCAGUACAUGGCCGGCGUGAUGUACCCGCACCCCUCGCUCUUCUACACGCACCCGGCGGCGGCGGCCGCCACGGCCAUGAUGUACCAGCCGAUGCCGUUCCCGGGCAUGGCCAACGCGCUCCAGCUGCCGGAGCAGCCGCUGGGCGCCCAGUCGGCGUACAACAAGACGGUCUACGCGAGCGCGCCCGCGACGCUGGCGAAGAAGGUGCCGGGGGCCUUCCACGCGGUCACCUCGCCCGCCCAGGGACAACGGAGCUCGGGGCAGCUCCAGGGGAGCUGCAGCUCCGUGAAGGCGGAGCCCGGGGGGUCGCAGGCCACCGCGGCGGCGGUCGAGUCCUGCCAGAAGGAGGUGCCCGACUCCUCGCCGCUGCCCUCCGUGAUGGGCGACUACCACUCGGACCCGCCCUGCAGCAGCCACCCGGCCAUCAACAAGAAGUACACGGACAGCAACGGGAACAGCGACGACAUGGACGGCUCGAGCUUCUCCUCGUUCUACUCGUCCUUCAUCAAGACGACGGACGGGUCGGAGAGUCCGCCGGACACCGAGAAGGACCCGAAGCACCGCAAGCUGAAGGGCAUCAGCACCCCGGAGAGCAAGAUCAUGGAGCACCCGGAGGAGGACCAGACGCAGCACGGGGACGGGUAGGAGCCGCGGCCGCAGUGGCUGCUGAUCUCUGAUCCGACGAGCACAGCCGGGUGCGUGUGUCGAUCCCUGGGAUCGUGUCGAGCCAAGCAGCAGACACCGACGACUGGCGGGGCUCCAGGAAGCGGUUCUAUGACCUUGUGACUGUAUCCGUUGGAUACCACCUACUACGGAUUCAAGGGAACCGCAACCGAAACAGCAGAUGACUGGUGACGCCUUCUCCAAUACCAACCACCAACCACCAACCACCGACGAGACGACGGUCUCGAAAGAUCCCCAGCUCCAUAAUAACCUAAUAGAUCUCAAGCCAAGCAAGCACAUAGGAAUCGCAUCGUACCGUAUACCUGAAUAAACAAUAGUAAAUGUGUUACAAUCCGUUGGAGUUACCCAAA